GGCGCUUUUCAUAUCCUUCCUCUUUGGCAGCUCUCGCGCUUUUCAGAUGCAAUGCAUGCCCUCAGAGAUUAGAGAGAGAGAGAGAGGGAGGGAGAAUGGACUCGGGACUCGGGUCCUCCUCAGUGCCAUGGAGAUGGAUUGAGAGGCCGCCCACCUUCUCUCUCUGCUGAUUUCUCCUCUCUGCCACAAAAAGGAGUCGUACUUGAGCACAGUUUUGUUGCUGUUGAUCACAGUUCCCCCCCGAUCUGGGCUCGAAGUGCAGUGACUGGGAAGGGACGGGAAUACGAUGAAAUGGAUUUCUCUGAGCUGACGAAGGUCAUCUUUGAUAGAAUUCGAAAGCUUGAGCCUGAGAAUGCUAUCAAAAUCUUAGGGUGCCUUUUCUUGACGGCACCCAGUGAGCAGCAGAUGAUUCAGGUAGCCUUAGGCCCUGAUGAGGAAAUCCAUUCUAUUAUCGAUGAUGCGAAGUCCACGCUCAGCAUGCUAUGUUCUAAGCCAAUUUUGGCUCAAUCGAUUCCCGAUCAUGCAUACCCAUUUGGUUCUUUCUCCACCGCCGGGCCACGCCCCUUCCCUUCACCUGCUACUAUUAUUCGUGUCCCUGCCCCUUACCUGGAGCCUCGGCUUGCUUCUGAUCGGCCACCUCCCAUCCGCAACCUAGAUUUUGCCCCUCCCAAUCCAAGUUCUAGCUCCAUCGGAGACGACUAUGCUCUUCGUAGCCAAGCUCGGUUAUCAGGAUUUGAGGAGCAGCUGGAUCCUGUGCACUCCAUGGGACCCGAGAACCUUAGCAAUUAUUACUAUGAGGAGGACGGUCUGGCUUCUAGAACCAGCGGGAGAUCACCCAACUUCCUAGAAUUUCCUUUCAAGGCUUGCCAUUACUUCUACAAAGGAUACUGCAAGCAUGGUGCAAACUGUAGGUACUUUCAUGGUCACUCCAUCCCAGAUGGUCGAUCCCAGAUAUAUGGCCCGAACCUGAAUGAGAUGGAAAGUGAGGACCAUGGCGUCUCACAUGGAUCACUGGAGAAGCUUGAAAUGGAGCUGACAGAGCUCUUGAAGGAAAGGAGAGGGAUGCCUGUUUCUAUUGCUUCAUUGCCUUUGUUGUAUUUCGAGAAGUAUGGUAGGAAUCUUCAGGCAGAGGGGUACCUAAGUGAAAGCCACCGGCAUGGGAAAUCGGGUUUCAGCUUGACAAAGUUGCUUGCUCGCUUGAAGAAUAGUAUCCGACUCAUAGAUAGGCCUCAUGGGCAGCAUUCAGUAAUAUUACAAGGGGAUGCACCAAGGUACAUGGAGUACAGGAAUGAGAACGGUGAUCCUGGAACAACACCUGCAAGCUCUCAUCAGAUUUAUCUUACAUUUCCAGCAGAAAGCACUUUCACUGAGGAAGAUGUUUCAAACUAUUUCAAGCAAUAUGGGCCGGUUCGUGAUGUGAGAAUUCCUUGCCAAGAGAAACGCAUGUUUGGAUUUGUAAGCUUCCUGUAUCCAGAGACUGUGAAACUAAUAUUGACAAAGCGAAAUCCCCAUUACAUCUCUGGUGCUCGUGUUCUAGUUAAGCCAUACAAGGAGAAGUCAAGGAUCAUUGACAGAAACUAUUUGGAGAAAGUUGAGCCUGCAAUUUAUCAUCCUCACUAUGUUGAAAUGGAUCCUGUGCUCCAUGCAAUGCAAAGGGAAUCUGGUAGAUCCAGAUUAAUCAGAAGGCAGCAGAUGGAGGAACAGGAAAAAUUGGCUGAACUUGAGAGAAGGCAUCUCUCUGAGCUCAACUUAGCCAUCAAACCACACUCUCAAUUCUCCUACUUAAGUAAAAUGGAGGCAUUUGAAGUCUCAGAAGGUCAAAAUAAUUUCCUGAUGGCAGAUCAUUUCAGCCAUAUGCUUGAUGCUCUGAACAAUGAAUCCACGAGUGAUAAUAAAAGCAAGCAUUUAAGCAACGGUAAUGGUGAGCAGGGAAGCAGCAGCCAAAUUGAUCUUCCAGAGAGCCCAUUUGCAUCACCACCAGUGGAAAGCAGCAUUUCUGCAGUCAUAUAAAGAGUUUGUUCUCCAGUUAGAUAGAGACAGUUUCAUCUGCUAACUUAACUGAUAAGGUCCUAGCCGGUCACAUACCCAACAGUCAGAAGAACAGAUGCUUCUCUGCAAGUUACUUUUGGAGAAGGUUGAAGUAAUGAUACAAAUACAGCUAAAAAAGGUCCAAACUUCACUGUUAUCAAAGAAGCAUGAUUUCGGUGAUGCCUCAGAAAAGAAAAGGUUAUAUAGGGAGGAAUGAAGUCAGCAAACAUGCAGGAUUCAGAAAGUAGUUGGUGGUUACAUUAGUCCAACAUCAAGAAGCUGGUGAGAAUGACCAUUUAAAAGUGAAUGGUUUUUCUUGAUAAAAUAUUGUGGAUAUUUAGGUCAGCCGCAAAUAAAUUAGUACCUUGGAGAAACAUAUGGUAUAAAAAGGUCUUUCUAGUUUUAGUGAAUUCGGAACUGAUAUUUAUUUAGUGAUUUUCCAUACUGUAAGCAAAACAAGAACCCAAAAGUUGUGGUUAUGGCUAUGGUCUUUCUAAAAUUUAUGAUGCUCUCUUCUGGCUUGGUACUUA